AUGAAGUUCAUCUUUACUCUUCUGGUCGCCCUCCCCGCAGUCCUUACUGCCCCGGUUCUUACUGGCCCGGUUGAACGCGCAGAAGUUCCAGUGGGACCAACGGUCACUAUCACUUCACCUCCAGCAACCAUCAUUGGAAAAGUGUCUUUGACGGAGGGCACUGAAAAAUUCCAGGGGAUUCCCUUCGCCCAACCCCCAGUAGGCGAGCUUCGCUUAAAGCCACCACAACGACUCAAUGGCUCUUCCCUAGGGACUGUGAUCGCGCAGGAUAACUCACCAGCUUGUCCUCAGAUGUUCUUCACCACUGAUACCAGCAAUUUACCUGCUGGCAUUCUUGGUGUUCUUUUGAAGUACGUUAUUAAUUCGUCUUUACGCGAAAACCCUUACGACAAUUUGUUAUUAGCUUAACACUAACAAUGUUAGUACCCCGCUUUUUCAAACAAUCACCAAUGCUGGAGAAGACUGUUUGUAUAUUGAUGUAUUCAGACCCGUUGGAACGACUGCCGAUGCAAAGCUUCCAGUGAUAUUCUGGAUUUUCGGUGGUGGUUUCGAGCUAGGCGGAACAGCUAUGUAAGAAAUAAACAUAUUCCCCUGCAAGUGAUAGUCUUCUAAUCUACCUAGGUAUGAUGGAACGAGCCUAGUCGACGAGUCAGUUGCGAUUGGGAAACCUAUCAUUUUUGUUGCCGUAAAUUACCGUACUGGUGGUUUCGGUUUCAUGCCUGGAAAGGAAAUCAUGGAAGAGGGCUCUGGAAAUCUUGGCCUACUAGAUCAAAGAAUGGGUCUUGAAUGGGUAGCAGAUAAUAUUGCAAGCUUCGGAGGAGGUGAGAACGUUUCCGCAGUAUCAACUUGGAGAAUCCACUGACCAAAUCAGAUCCCUCCAAAGUAACCUUAUGGGGAGAAUCGGCGGGAGCUAUUAGCGUAAUGGAUCAAAUGGUACUCUUUUCUGGAGACCAUACCUACAAGCAAAAGCCACUCUUCCGCGCUGCAAUCAUGAGCAGCGGUACACUGGUUCCAGCAGAUCCACUGGAUUGCCCCAAAGGGCAGAACAUUUACGAUACAGUUGUCCGGACAUCAGGGUGUGAUUCAUCGGCCGAUACCUUGGCGUGCCUUCGAGGUUUGCCUUACAACGACUUUUUGAAUGCAGCAAAUUCGGUUCCUGGAAUCCUGGGCUACAACUCUGUAUCAUUGUCGUAUCUUCCAAGACCUGAUGGAAUUGUUCUCACCAAGUCUCCCGAAACGUUGAUCGCAGAAAAGAAAUUCGCAAAAGUGCCAUUUAUCGUGGGGGACCAAGAAGACGAAGGAACCAUCUUCGCUCUUUUCCAGUCCAACAUUUCGACAACCGCACAAGUUGUAAAUUACCUCACCUCGAUUUUCUUCCAUAGCGCAAGCACCGAACAAAUGACCUCAAUUGUGAAUACCUACCAAGAUCAAGGGAGCGAAAAUGGUUCACCAUUCGGAACGUUCAGUUUCAACAACUGGUAUGGACAAUACAAAAGAAUGGCGGCAAUUUUGGGCGACCUCACAUUCACAUUGACCCGCAGACUUUUCCUGAACGGAAUCGGCACUGAGGUUAAAAGUUGGUCAUACUUGUCGUCUUACGCCUUUGGAACCCCAUUUUUGGGAACGUUCCAUGCAAGUGAUUUGAUCACGGUGUUUUACGGAAUUCUUCCGAACUACGCCACACAUGCGAUAAGAAGUUAUUACUUCUCGUUCGCUUACUCCAUGGAUCCCAACGCGGAUUCUGACUACCCAGAGUGGCCAGAAUGGAGUAAGAAGAAGGAACUCAUGCAUUUUGAAAAUGACAGUGGAGUUCCUAUGGCAGAUGAUUUUAGAGCGGACAGUUACGAUAUGAUUGAGUCAUUGGUGGACGUUCUUCGUCUGUGA